AUGUUUCUCCCUCUUUGCCCAAGGUCAUUGGUGCCUCGAUCGAGUGACCCAGCCACCAACCAGAUUAUCAUCGGGGUUGUAUUGGGUUGUGUCGCUGCUAUUGCUAUCACUGCGGGGAUCUUGUUCAUCCUCUUCAAGAAACGGAGAUGGGAUCGCAUCCGACAAUACGAGGAGAACAUGUUGGUCAUGCAUGCACCGAUGGGAUAUACGCCCCAGGAAUAUCCCUCCGACAACCAGGGAAUAAAACGGCCACGACCCUACUCGUCAAUGUAUUCCUAUAGCCAACCACGAGAGCAAAGUCAUACCCAUCCUCGUGGUAGACUGUCCGGGGACACCCCACCACCCGCAUAUACCACUAUACCCGCCUAUGACCCCUCGAAGUACCACGGCAUUAGUCAACUGCCACCAUCAGUUAAGAUCAAUCGACCGACCCAGGUGGAUCCGGUCGGUAUGUUUGAGGAAAGACCAUUCUCUUUUAUUCGAGGAGUCGAGCAGCAGUACACAGGACCCGCGGAGACACAGAGAAGUUCGUCUCAAGCAGAGCACCGGGGAUUGUCACUGGAGAGCUCUCGGUCGAUGGACUCGACUAGUAGCACCACCAAUUUCUCUCGACCUUUAGAGGGGGCCCAGUCACUUCGACGACCAAAACCUGUUCUGUCGAGGUUGGUCACGAAUUUUAAUUAG